AUGAGUCAAAAAAGUCAGAAAAAUAAAACUUUGCGGGGUAAGGUAGUUAGCAAUAGUGAAGAAGAGGAAAAGAGACAGUCUCAAAAAAGUAAGGAAAACUCAAAACAAUCUAUAGCUUUGUGCGCUGCACCACCUAAACUGAGUUUUUUUGACGAGAUAGAAGAAUCUGAUAUAACAGAAUAUAGACCUUUAAAACGUAUUUCGAAAGAUAUUCCAGUCAAUCAAAGAAACAAAACUCAAGGAACAAAGACAGGAACCAGCAUAGAAUUAAAGUCGCCUUCUAAUGAUCAAACUUUAGAAAAUCUAGUUAUUAAAAGUGCAAAUAAAAGGCUUGAGAUUAGAAUAAGUGAUCAAUCUGGAAGAGGGUUAUUUGCUUUGCAAAAUAUUUCUCCUGGGGCUCUUGUUAUGGAAGAUAUACCCUACUCCGCCGUUGUAGAUGAUGCAAACUUUUUUACAACCUGUAGUCAUUGUUUUAUGAAAGACGGAAAGUUGUCAUGUUGUUCGGCUUGUAAAUUAAUUCAUUAUUGUUCUAAGGAAUGCCAAAGUAAUGAUUGGUCAAAUCAUCAGCACGAGUGCAAAGUUUUUGUUAAAGUGCAAAGAAAACCACCUACUUCAAUUCGUUUACUAUGCCGGAUCUUGAUGCGCCGCAUGAGUGAUCCGGCAUCAUUCAAAGAGAUCGAAAAUUUACAAAGCAAUAGACAUUUAUUCAAGCAAGAACAAAUAGAGACAUUUGCUCAAAUUUCCAUGUUUACAGAAAAUAGUUUCUCAAUUUUGGAUGGAGAAAUGAUACCCAAUGGUGUAGCAGUUUAUCCUAAUGCUUCUUUAAUAAAUCAUUCUUGUCGUCCUAAUUGUAUUAUCGUCUUUGAAAAAUCAAAAAUGAUGGUUCGGUGUAUUGAACCUAUUGUGAUAGGUCAAGAGAAAUUACAUUAUGACGUAGCAGAUGUAGAAAAAAAAUUAUCAAUAGCUAUAGAAUUGUAUGACAAGGGAUCAAAUUUACGCGACAGAGAUGAUCGUCAAGCAAUAACCUUUUUCGAACAAUCGUUCAACAUUCAAAAUGAGCUUUUACAUAAAGCAAAUUAUUAUUUAAUGAGAACGUGUAAAUCAAUGGUUGAAAUCUAUUGUAAUUUAAGAGAUUGGAAGCAUGCGUUAAUUCAUUCAUUUGAAUUAAUCGAAUCUUAUAGAAUUCUGUAUAGUAAAUUACAUCCAUUGUUAGGUAUCCAACUCUAUUCCACUGCAAGAAUUUAUUUAUCAUUUAAUGAUAAUGAAAUUGAUAUUAAAUAUCUUGAAAAAAUUGAAGAAUUAUUAAGAGAAGCAUUAAAAAUUUUAGAAAUUACUCAUGGAUUUAAACAUCCUCUUACUAAAAUGGUUGAAAUGAAUUUAUGGGAUGUUGAAGGGGAAAUCAAAACUAAAAAAAAAAAGCAAUAA